GUUCGCAAGAACGUGGAUGACGACAUCACACAGCUCGUAUACGUAUGGGAUGCCUGUACGACUGUGCAUGGAUCACGUAUAUAUAUGUUGACCUGGAGUGAUGUCAGUUUGCUGGCACAUAUUAGUAUGAGUGCUUCGUUGCCAGUGACUCAAGUCGACGCGGUCUCAGCCUCAGGCUUGAACGUCAAGCACGCUUAUGGUGCAGUUGUUAUCUACUAUCAGUUGCUUUCAGCGGUUGAUGUUGCCACCUUGCUACUCCCGAUAGUUGCACUAAUAUCGCUGUGGGUGUAUGACUACACACUGUGCCUGCCUGACGCGGUGACCUUAAUCGUCGAGUCUCGAUUGGGGAUCGGCACACUUCUGUAUCUAGCGUGCAGCCACUUGCCAUUUGUCUUCAUGAUACUGAAUAUGCUCGUGAUUUUUCGACCUGAUUCCCCACUCUAUCUUUGUCGCUCUUAUGAUAUUGCUAAUACCAAUGUAGGGAUACUGACGGUCGUUUGCGCUGAGAGCAUAUUCAUACUCAGAGCAUAUGCAGUAUGGGAACGGGAGAGAUGGAUUGCAGUGUGCGCAGUUAUCAGCACCAUUGCCUAUCUAGUACCAGGGAUCAUCUACCUGCAGGAAUUUAACUCAUCACUCUCCGACCCAUGCUUUAUCCCUGGCGUUACCGGAUAUGUGGAUAUGGAGACAAGAUACAGACUUUGUGUAGCAUUUGGCUUGUUAGCUGUUGCCGAAUUACAAAUAUUGUUAUUUCUGCUGUAUCGCACCGUCAAGAGUCAUGGUGGGUGGAGGAUUGACAACCGUAUUAUGCUCAGCCUCUUGCGACAUAAUCUGCUGUAUUUCGGCUGCAGCUUUGGUUGGUGCCCGCAGAUCAACAGAUACCUCACAUAUUUACUUGUGAAAUGUUGCAGCCUUUAACCUCGCUGUCAUUCUUGCUGCACUUUUUCUUC